UGGCGUCCUGGGUUCUCUUGCCAUUUCUCCGGGGUUCCUCCAUUAUCGUAUCCAGGUUGUCUGAAGGCAUAUAUCAUCAGUUCCGUCGAUUUCCAUGGCGGCUUAUGAUCAACUCCACGUUUUCUUCUUCCCCAUGAUGGCUCAAGGCCACAUGAUCCCAACUCUCGACCUGGCAAAACUCUUCGCUUCUCGAGGCGUCAGGGCCACCAUUAUCACCACCCCGCGAAACCAGCACGUCUUCUCCGACUCCAUCGUCAAAGCCACACAACUUGGCGGGCGAAUCCAAAUCGUCGUCCUGGAUUUUCCGGCGGUCCAGGCUGGCUUGCCGGAAGGUUGCGAGCGGCUGGAUCUAGCACCGGACGAUUUGGUCCCGAAUUUCCAUGCAGCCUGUGCGAUGCUUCAGGAGCCCCUGGAACAGCUAUUACAGCAACACCGACCGGAUUGUCUUGUAGCCGACAUGUUUUUCCCUUGGGCGACCGAUGCGGCGGCGAAAUUCCACGUCCCGAGGUUGGUUUUUCACGGCGUAAGCUAUAUCGCGUUGUGCGCUUGGUAUAACCUCCGAGUUCACGAUCCGUUCAAGAACGUGUCGUCGGAUUGUGAACCGGUCCCCAUUCCGAAUCUCCCGCACGACAUCCGGCUGACGAGGUUGCAGCUCUCCCCUGUCGACCGCGGCUUGUUGGAUUCGUAUUCGGGGGAAUUAAUGAAACAAGUUAGGGAAUCGGAUGUCGCUUCUUACGGGGUGAUUUUCAACAGCUUCUAUGAGCUAGAGCGAGAGUACGCGGAUUACUAUACGAAUAUUUUGGGGAUAAAGGCAUGGCCGGUUGGACCGCUUUCUCUUCGCAUUAAUGCAGAAAGUAGAGCAGAAAGAGGGGAUAAACCCUCCAUGGACGAACACCAAUGCUUGAAAUGGCUCGAUUCCAAGGCUCCCAAUUCCAUUGUUUACAUCUGUUUCGGGAGCGGCAUGGCCAGCUUUGCUCCCAAUCAGCUUCGCGAGCUAGCCGUGGGGAUUGAAUCCUCCGGACUGGGCUUCGUCUGGGUAAUCAGAAAGGGGAGAGACGAAGAGGCGGAAAAUAAUAACGAGAAAUGGAUGCCGGAAGGGUUCGAGGAGAGGACUAAAGAGAGAGGGCUGGUCAUAAGAGGGUGGGCCCCUCAGGUGGUCAUCCUCGACCACCAGGCAGUCGGGGCUUUUGUGACACACUGUGGGUGGAACUCGACUCUAGAAGGGGUCUGUGCUGGGGUGCCGUUCGUGACAUGGCCCAUGUGUGCCGAACAGUUUUAUAACGAGAAGCUGGUGACCGAGGUUUUGAAGACGGGAGUCGGGGUGGGGUCGAAAAAAUGGAUGCGAUCGGGGAAUGAUGGCGUGGAGAGUGCAGCCAUUGCGGAGGCAAUGAAGAGAGUGAUGAUGGUGGAGAGUGAGGAGUUGAGGAGCAGAGCAAAGGCAUACAAAGAGAUGGCUAAGAAAGCUAUUGAGGAAGGAGGGUCUUCUUACUGUGGUUUGACUGCUUUGCUAGACGAAUUAACCACACUUCAUCAUUCUUCAAGAAAACAUUGAGAAAUUUACCCUUUAAUUUUUACCUAUCUGUCACCUAUAA